AUGGGUAAUCUAACUAGUAAUACUAAUACUUCGACGUUUCUAUCUCGAUGGCCAACAAGUGGACAAGAUUCAACAUCAAAACAAAUUCAGAUAAGUACAGACAAAUCAGAUGGAAUUUAUUUUACAGGUGAAUAUUUAAGUGGUAUAGUGGAAAUCCCUAUUUCACACAUACAACAGCAUAUACGUAGUAAAAAUAAUCGAAAAUUAAUAGAAUUUCUUCGUCGAAAACCAUUAGGUGAUGAUAUUAUUAUAGAACUUGUUGGCAAUGCAACAUAUUCAGCUGAAGUUGAUUCAGCUGCAGAUAGUGAUGGACAUGCAACACAUAAAGUUAAUAUUUGUCGACAGCAUUGUUUUGUAACUAUUAAUCAAGAUAUUGAAAAAUUAUUUAUACAAAAUGAUAAUCAAGCUGAAACAUCGUUUGAUCAAACAACAAAUACAAUAUCUUCACCAUCGGAUACACAAGAUACAUCAUCAAUAUUACCAACAACAAUUAAAGGAACAUUUAAAUUACAUAUACCACAUGGCCUUCCACCGUCGUUAAAUAAUAAUCGUGCACCAUCAGUUAUCUACACAUUAGAAUUAAAUCUAUCAUCAAGUAGUUAUCGUUAUCAAAUACCGAUAAUAAUUAAUUCAAAAGGUUGUUUACCGUGUUCAACAACUGAUAUUGAAUUGAAUGGUAGUACUACUAGUCAACAUGAUAUUUGUUUACAAGCCUAUCUAUCAAAAAGAUUUUAUCGACCUGGUGAACAAAUACCUGUUCGAAUAAAUUAUACAAAUCCUCAACAACGUUCAAUUCGUUCAAUAACAGUUACACUUAUACAAUUCUAUCGUAUACAUCAUGAUGAAUAUCGUUCAGAAUUAGAUGGUAAAGAAUGGACAUUUGAUACUUCAAUAAUGUUACCACAACAAGAAUGGUCUGGUGAAGCUCGUUUACAAUUACCAUGUGCACCAUUACAAGCAUCAUUUUCAAAUCAAACUGUUGGUACAACACAACGAAUUGAAUAUGAAUUAGAUUAUAGAAUUUUUAUUGAAUUGUAUGAAAAAAAAGGCGAUAGUAUUCAUCUGACAUUACCAUCGAUUAACGUAACAUAUCAAACAUAA